AUGGCGAGCCUGCUCUCUGUCCUGGCCGCGCUGGCCCUGGUUUCCUGUGCGUUGUGUGAAGAGAAGAACUUCCUGCAGCGGGCCGGUGCGACCUUCAACAACAGACAGUACAGGUCGAUGCUCACCGUCACCAACGGAGAACAGUUUGGGAACUGGACCUGGCCUGAGAUGUGUCCAGACCAGUUCUUUGCUGUUGGAUUCAGUGUCAGGGUGGAGUCCGACCAGUACGGGGGGGACGACACCGCCCUCAACGGGGUCCGCCUCAUCUGCGCCAAGGACGGGAACCGUAGCUUCCUGUACUCUGUUGAGUCUCACACUGGAUACUUCGGUGACUGGUCCCAGCCCCAGUACUGCCCCAGCGGUGUGCUCACCGCCUUCCAGCUCCGUGUCGAGCCCCAUCAGGGGAUCUUUGGAGACGACACGGCCGCUAACAACAUCAAGUUCCGCUGCAGCAGCAACCCGACGCUGGAGGGGUCCGGCAAGGACUGGGGGGAGUACGGCUACUGGAGCCAGGAGUGUCAAAAUGGAGGAAUCUGUGGCAUUGAGAGCAAGAUGGAGGAGUACCAGUACGGCCUGGAUGACUCCACUCUCAAUGACGUGCGCUUCCAUUGCUGUGCCAAGCCUCUUCAGACCGCAGAGUGAAAACAUCUCCGAGAUCGGCACCGAGCGCUCCGGAGACGUUUGAUCCCGUCC